GAGGGAGAUUUUGCCGCUGCGUUGGUCACAUGAUAAGGGCGGAAACUGACUCGUCCGACGUCCACGCCGAUUCUCCCGCGUACGCAGCCAUUUACCCUUUCCUCGCUUCGCAGCGCCACUGUUUUCGCAGAGAUGGCCCAGGAAGAUUCUGCAGCAGCUAUAUUUAAGCUUGUGCUGGUCGGUGAUGGAGGUACUGGUAAAACAACAUUUGUGAAGAGACAUCUUACAGGAGAGUUUGAGAAGAAAUAUGUUGCUACUCUGGGAGUGGAGGUGCACCCGCUGGUUUUUCACACCAACAGAGGAGCCAUCAAGUUUAAUGUAUGGGACACUGCUGGUCAGGAGAAGUUCGGAGGUCUGAGAGAUGGCUACUAUAUUCAAGCCCAGUGUGCCAUCAUCAUGUUUGAUGUCACCUCGCGAGUCACCUACAAAAAUGUGCCCAACUGGCAUCGUGACCUGGUCCGCGUGUGUGAAAACAUUCCCAUUGUGCUCUGCGGUAACAAGGUUGACAUCAAAGAUAGGAAAGUCAAAGCUAAAAGCAUCGUCUUUCACCGCAAGAAGAACCUGCAGUACUAUGACAUUUCUGCCAAGAGUAACUACAACUUUGAGAAGCCUUUCCUGUGGCUAGCAAAAAAAUUAGCCGGAGACCCCAACAUGGAGUUUGUGGAAAUGCCUGCUCUUGCGCCUCCAGAAGUUGCAAUGGACCCAGCCAUGGCUGCUCAUUAUGAGAAGGAGCUUAAUGCUGCUGCGCAAACGGCACUCCCAGACGACGACGAAGACCUCUAACAUGUUCCCCGAGCCUCCUUUGCUCUCCCUCCCCCCGUGGAAGUCAACUUGUUGGAAUUUUGCCCCUGUAACUGUAAAACAUUCAGAUUUUUUAUUUUUUUGAUUUAUUUUUGUUUUAAAACUCAGUUAAAAAAAAAAAAGCAGAUCCUGGAAAAAGUUGCUGAUAAAUUUCGCUGUAGAGACACCAUCCACCUCAGUGUUAGCAUGACAACAUGCUUCUCUUUGCGCACCAUCCACUGCACUUAGUCAGCUUGUAAUGCUGUUGUACGGUGUGUUGGAAAGCACUAAAAUAGUUUGAAUAAAGACGUUCUCAAAACAUUUACUUUUUUUUUUUUUAUCUUUUCUGCUUUGUCGGGGAGGGGGGGUUAUUGGCACAGUAGCUUUUCAAUGCUAUGUAGAUGCCCAAGUUUGCCACAAGAGCUUUGUGUUGGAGUAAUUUCAACUUGUUUUGGUAAAUAAAUGCAAAAGACAAAAGUUUGGAUGUUGAUGUCUCUCCUCUCUCCCUGACGCCAUUAUUAAUAAAUAACAAUAAAAAAAAGUAUACACUCAAAAA